AUGGCACUGACGAAUUGCCAAGUCCCUGCUCUGCCGGAAUCUUCACUACUGUCUUCUGAAACUUCCAAAUUCACCUGCAAAGCCAUAGUCGAUACUGGUAAGUAUCAUUCUAGCUCGCUUACCUUAUCCAAAAACAAAAGCCUGAGGGAAGCAUCCAAGUGUGGAAGUUUGGAGUUGGCGAGCAGAGCUCCAACGCAUGAUUCGUUCCAUGCUGACGCUUUAGAAACCUUCAAGAAGAUGCUGCACUGUGGAGUUCAACCGACACCGCUGACUUUUAGCAGCUUGUUGAGGUCCUGUGCUGAUGCAGGAUCUCUCUGCAUGGGGCGACAGAUCCAUAGCCAGAUCAUUGUCCAUGGAUUUUCUUCAAACACUAUCUUAGAAUCUGCACUAAUUGCUGUCUACACAAGAUGCGGAGAAGUGGGAAAUGGAAGGCAAAUCUUUGAAACAAUGGGGAGGAAAAAUGCGAUCACUUGGAAUUCUAUGAUCAGGGGAUACUCCCAGAUUGGGAACAGCGAGCAGGCCCUGUACCUGUUCGGGCUAAUGCGAAGGGACGGCCUUGCUCCGGAUAGUUUUACAUUCCCUGCUUUACUAGCCGGAGCUACUUCAGCUGGAAGCGAACUACUUGGAGAAUUCACAGGCGUACAUGCAUAUGCCAUCAAGGUGGGAUUGGAGAGAGAUUGUUUUGUCGGAUCUUCUCUGAUCGCCAUGUAUUCGACGAAUGGCUUCUUUCAGGAUGCAAGACAAGCAUUCGACAGUGUCAGCUCCAAGGACGUUGGUGUCUGGUCUUCGAUUAUCUCAGCAAACAUUAAGGCGCAAAGGGCAAACGACGCACUGGAUUUGUUCACCGAGAUGCUGAACUUGAAUUUCCAACCGAACCAAUUCAUCUUCUCGAGCUCGCUAACAGCUUGCGGUCAGCUGUCGAUCCUGGAAACCGGGAAACAGGUUCAUGCCAGUUGCUUGAAGAGUAACGAUGCCAUGGAUACGGCGACGCAGAAUUCCCUCAUCUCCAUGUACUCGAACUGCGGGUGCAUCGAAGAGGCAAGGAGAGUCUUCAACUCGUUAGAGGAGUACCGCCGCAAUGUAAUUUCAUUCAAUUCCAUGAUCUCUGCUUCCGCGCAGCAUGGAUAUCCAAAGGAAGCCGCAGAGCUUUUCGAGCAGCUGCAGCAAGUCGGACUGAGGCCCGACGGCAUCACCAUGCUAAACCUCCUCUCCGCCUUCAAUCACGCGGGUCUCGUUCGCGAAGGCGUGUCGUCGUUCAGUGCCAUGGUGGAAGGGGCAAAUGAUCAAGUAGGAUACCGGCAUUACGCCUGCAUGGUGGACAUGCUGUCGCGGGCUGGAAAGAUCGACGAGGCUUUGAGGUUUAUCAUCAGAGACAUGCCUUUCGAACCGGACACCCCUCUUUGGAGAAUCGUGCUCGGAGCUUGCAGUAAACACCGAAACCUGCGAGUGGCAAAGCAGGUGGCCAGGUUGCUGCUGGAAAUGGAACCAGAGGAAGCUGCAAACUAUGUACUCCUCGCCAAUGUCUACGCGCGAUCGGGUAGAUGGCGACAAGCCGAAGAGGUGAGGCAGUUGAUGAAAGGUAAAGGCAUAGAAAAGGAAGCAGGUUUCAGUUGGAUUGAGAUUGACAAAGCGACUCAUACGUUCGGAGUAGAAGAUCGGUCUCAUCCAUUGUCAGUAAAGAUAUACCAAAAGUUACAAGAACUGAUGAGUGGCAUCGAGGCAGUGGGUUACGUGCCUGAUAUCAGCUUCACGCUUCAUGAUUUGGAUGGAGCUGGAAGAAGACAAUCGCUCUACUACCACAGCGAGAAGCUGGCCUUUGCUUUCGGAGAUCUGUCGGCUGCUCGAGGGGUUCAGCUUCGGAUCAUGAAGAAUCUUCGAGUGUGUGGAGAUUGCCACAAUGCGUACAAGCAGUUCUCCUUGAUCACCAACAGAGAGAUUGUAUUGAGGGACAAGUACAGGUUUCACCACUUCAGCAAAGGGGCGUGUUCCUGCGGUGACUACUGGUGA